UACAUGUGUGGUGGGUGAGCGUGUGGUUGACAACCAUCGUGGGAAGUCCAAGCUCUCUGCUUCCAUGGCUUGUGUCUCCGCCUCAAUCCUUCCACUCUCUGUUGUUUCUUCUUCUUCCUCUUCCUCUUCCUCUUCCAAAGAUGUAAACUCCAACCCAAAGUCAGUGAAGCUAAGAGAUGACUGGAGGCAGAGGUCCAGACCCAUUCCUCCUGGGGGCACCUACCCAGCUAAGGACCACUGCAGUCGCUGCGGUUUGUGUGAUACAUAUUACAUUGCUCAUGUCAAGAAUGCUUGUGCUUUCUUAGGGGAUGGCAUGUCUAAAAUUGAAAGUCUGGAACCUGUAGUCCAUGGCAGAGGGAGAAAAGCGUAUUCCUUGGAUGAAACAUAUUUAGGGGUGUAUGAGCAACUAUUAUAUGCUCGUAAAACUGAGCCUGUUGAAGGAGCCCAGUGGACAGGGAUAGUGACAACAAUUGCAAUUGAAAUGCUGAAAGCUGGCAUGGUAGAAGCUGUCAUUUGUGUACAGAGUGAUCCAGAAGACAGACUCUCUCCAAGACCUGUCUUAGCCAGGACGCCAGAUGAGGUUCUAGCAGCUAAAGGCGUUAAACCAACAUUGUCUCCUAAUCUGAAUACCCUCGCCUUAGUUGAGGCAGCUGGUGUGAAACGUCUUCUUUUCUGUGGUGUGGGUUGCCAAGUGCAAGCAUUAAGAUCUGUGGAGCAACAUUUGAAUUUGGACAAGCUUUAUGUCCUGGGCACUAAUUGUGUGGAUAAUGGAACUCGAGAAGGCCUAGAUAAGUUUUUAAAUGCAGCAAGCAGUGAACCAGAAACAGUUCUUCAUUAUGAGUUUAUGCAAGAUUACAAGGUCCACUUGAAGCAUUUGGAUGGACAUAUUGAAGAGGUUCCCUAUUUCUGUCUACCAGCAAAUGAGUUAGUUGAUGUUAUUGCACCAUCCUGCUAUAGCUGUUUUGACUACACAAAUGCAUUAGCGGACUUGGUGGUGGGAUACAUGGGUGUGCCAAAAUAUCCUGGAGUAAGCAUGACACAACAUCCACAAUAUGUUACAGUCAGAAAUGAACGAGGAAGAGAAAUGCUCAGCCUGGUAGAGAACCUUUUGGAGAUUAUUCCAACCACCAGUAGUGGAGAUCGGCGUCCAUUUGUUAUGGAAACAGUCAAGGCAGAUGAUAAUGCAAAGUUGGGGAAGGGUCCUUCUCAGCCUGCCCCGAAAUUUAUUGGGAAUUUGAUAGCAUUUAUUCUAAACUUGAUUGGCCCAAAGGGUCUGGAAUUUGCUCGUUACUCACUAGACUACCAUACAAUCCGGAACUAUCUAUAUGUAAAUCGCAUGUGGGGAAAACAAAGAGCUGACAGGCACAUGCCCUCAUAUGCAAAGAAACUUGUGGAUUUGUAUAACCAGAAUGGUGAAAUAGAUAAGAUGCUUUCCAACAAAUAGUUAUUCUAGCUGGUGAAUAUGUUCAAUAGCAGGGAACUUUCAUGUAGGUGAAAUUUUGAGUACAUUCUUCAUUCUCUAUUCUGAAAAAUCAUUCUAUACAUGUCUUUAUGGUGAUGACAAUGUAGUUUUAGUAAAGAUCAACGUUUCUUCCCCUUUCA